AUGGCUCUUCCCAGAUCAGACUAUCUCAGCAGCAUCUGGAAAGAUGAUUUAUUCAAGAAUAAAGUAGUCUUCUGCACCGGUGGUGGAGGCACAAUAUGCAGCGCCCAGGUCCGCGCUCUCGUCCACCUCGGCGCCAACGCAUGCAUCGUCGGCCGCAACGUCGAAAAAACCGAAAAGAUGGCCGCCAGUAUCGCGACUGCGCGACCAGGUGCGAAAGUCAUCGGUGUUGGCGCGACGGAUGUGCGCAGUUUUGAUAGUCUCAAGGCCGCUGUGGAUCGUUGCGUGAAGGAGUUGGGUGGUAUUGAUUUUGUCAUUGCCGGUGCAGCAGGAAACUUCCUUGCAUCAAUCAACCAGCUCUCCGUCAACGCCUUCAAGUCGGUGAUGGAUAUCGAUGUGUUGGGUUCGUACAACACGGCCAAGGCGACGCUGCCUUAUCUACAAGAGUCAGCGGCGAAACACAAAGUCGACUCCGAAACUUUGGAGCCAUCUCCCCUCGGCCCAGGAGGUCGCAUCAUCUUCGUCAGCGCUACCAUGCAUUACACAGGAAUGAUUUUCCAAACACACGUCUCCGUCGCCAAGGCAGGUGUUGACGCCUUGUCGAACAAUAUCGCGCUGGAAUUUGGCCCGUUGGGUAUUACCUCGAAUAUCAUCUCGCCAGGGCCUAUCGCAAAUACCGAGGGCGUCGAGCGUCUUCUACCUAGCACAUCCAAAGAAGAAUCCUGGAAGCGGCAACCUCUGGGACGAUAUGGGUCGGUAAGAGAUAUUGCGGAUGCAACGGUGUACCUCUUCUCCGAUGCUGGCAGCUACGUGAAUGGACAUGCCCUAGUCGUGGACGGAGCUUCCUGGCGUAUGCCGUCUGCGUCGAUCGGCGCCAACCUCCAAUACCCUGAUUUCCUGCUGUCUGGUGAAGCGGUGGCCAAUGUCAAGGGCCAGAAGAAGUCCAAGCUGUAA